UUGGCCGCCGCGCGCGCCACGCCCCCCCCGAGCCGCCUUUCUAUUGGUCGGACAAACCGUCAAUCAGCGAAUCGCGUCGCUAUUGGUUAGACGCGGCUGGGUCCCGCCCUGGCCGAGCCGGACCGGGUGGCGGCCACCAUGGCGGCGGCGGCGGGGGGCGCGGGCGGCGGCGGCGCGGACGGUGAUGUCCCCGCCGCCACCCGCCUGCAGGCCUACGCCUGGUGCCGCGAGUUCCUGGCCGGCUCCUGGAAGCUCAUCGGCCCCGACGAGUUCGGCAUCUCGCUCGUCAGCGGGGGGCUCAGUAACCUGCUGUACAAGUGCACACUGCCCGAGCACGUGCCGAGCGUGGGGGACGAGCCCCGGCAGGUGCUGCUGCGCGUCUACGGGGCCAUCCUGCAGGGCGUGGACUCGCUGGUGCUGGAGAGCGUCAUGUUCGCCAUCCUGGCGGAGCGCGCGCUGGGCCCGCGCCUCUUCGGGGUGUUCCCGCAGGGCCGGCUGGAGGAGUACAUCCCGAGCCGGCGGCUGCGCACCGAGGAGCUGCGGGAGCCGCGCGUCUCCGCCGAGAUCGCCGUCACCAUGGCGCGCUUCCACGGCAUGGCCAUGCCCUUCAACAAGGAGCCCAAGUGGCUCUUCGGGACCAUGGAGGGGUACCUGCGGCAGAUCUCGGAGCUGACCUUCUCGGAGCCGGCGCAGCUGCAGCAGCUGGAGCAGCUCCGGGGUUACAACCUGGAGCAGGAGAUGAGGAGCCUCAGGUCACUGCCACCCCCUCCGUGUCCCUUACUGUCCCCUGGUGUCCCCACCCGGCCCCGCGGGACCCCCAGGGCAGCCAUCCUGCGGCUCCGGGCUGUCCGUGAGCGGUAG